UAACUGCUACCUGCAACAGACGAAUUUGCAGGUGUGGUGAAGGUCCCAUAAUAAGAGAAAAGGGAUCUGACAUCUGAAAAAGGGAUAUUUUUAUUUUGGUUGUGCUUUGAAUAUAUUUUCGAUUUAUUUUCACUCUUAUGGUAGAAGCAAGGAGUUAACUCUCCAAAUACUUAAUCAGCAGCCAUGGAAAUGUGGCAUGCUUGCCUCGUUAUGGUACUUCUGUUUGGAAACACAGCUGCUCAGACUGCCCCAUGUGAAUCGACAGCUGUGAGUGGUAAUACUGGAGGAACGCCUACCAUCAUUGUUACACUGACUGAAGCAAGUUUUGCAGAUAUAGGAGCAAAUCCAGACAAUUAUAUUGCUGACACAAAGAUCAAUGGUAUACUUGGUGGAAGCGAUUCCAUUGAUGGUAUCACACUGGAAAUAUCAAGGUCAUCUGGUACUCCCUUUAAUAUAAAUGUGACAAACCUGUUCUUACUAGAGUCACGUGAUAUUACAGAAGAGAAUGGCUUUAGAAAGAGAGCUUUUCUCCGUCUUGUUCAAGAAUUGGACAGAGAUGGUUUGACUUCAACUACAUUUGAUGAUACAGAUGUCAUUGAAUUUCAAGUGAAAUGUACACGAGUGGGUUCAUCAUCUUCUACAUUUUUCUUAAUGACAGUAGAUGUACAAGACAUCAAUGAUAAUAGCCCUGUUUUCUCAGGUAUCCCAUAUGAAGCCAGUGUGAAUGAGUUGUCACCAAUAGGAACAACAGUAUUUAGAGGAAUAGCUGCUUUUGAUCUUGAUGCUAAUACAAACAAGGAUAUUAAUUUUGGCAUAAUGCCUGGAGAUGGUGGAAUACUUGAUGGUUCACAGAAGUUUGUGAUUGCUACACCUAGAUUGGGUUAUGUGUCCAUUAAAACAACCCUAGAUUUUGAAGCGUUGAAUACAGUGGGACAAACUUUUUAUAUUCUCAAUAUUUCAGCUACUGAUCAAGCUACAAAUCCUACUUUGAGAAAAACAGCGUACGAAACAUUAAGACUGAAUAUUCUUGAUGGUGAUGAUUUGGGACCAGUGUUUGUAUUAGAUAGCUGCCUGACAGUUGGUAAUGUGUGUUUCCAUCCUACUUACACUACAGAAAUAACCAAUGGUGUCAUUGGAGGGAUUUUAACAUUGAAACCUGGCAAUAAUCCUGCCGUGACCACCUCUAUUGCUGCACAGGAUCAGGACACUUUAAAUGCAGCCAUUGGCUUCACUGUUGAGGAAACUAUUCCAUCUGGAUAUGCAGAUAGAUUUGGCAUAAGUGGAUCUGCAAAUAGUGGUAAACUUUAUACUGCAUCCCUGUCUCAAGUUCAGGUCAUAGAUAGAAAUACUGUACAGGACCUGGAAAUCAUUAUCAAAGCAACAGAAAAUACAGCAAAUGCCAGAUUCAGCCGAGCAAUAAUUAAAGCUACCGUUGUACAAGCUAAUAAUAACCCUCCAGUAGUGACAGUGUCCUCUACUGGAUAUAUAAAUGAAAACUCCCCAAUCGGUACAGCACCUACCAGCAGCGAUGGUUCAACUUUAUUACGUGUCACUGUGACUGAUGGAGAUUUGGCACCUGGAGAACAGGGACAAUAUUCACUAACGAUCGAGGGAACGACAGAUUUUAUAGUGACCCCUGAUGGAUAUAUUAAACUGAAUAUUGGUAAUCUAAAUUAUGAGACUUUACCCAGCUAUGGAUUUACCGUCAGAGCAACAGAAAUAGGAACAGCAAGUCCAAGGAAUGGUGCAACUAAUGUUAACGUGAUAGUGAGAGAUUUGAAUGACAAUACUCCAACAUUUACAUCACCAAGUUAUUCUAUGUCUACAGCUGAACAGAACUAUGCCAACAGCCCAAAGUUGCUUGUUACGGUUUCUGCCAGUGAUGCUGACAGCACUGUUAAUGGUGAUAUCAACUUUUCUAUUGAGAGUGUUACCAAUGGUGGAAUGAAUAAAUUUUACAUUGAAAAAAAUCCAGGAACUACCUCACCACAGACGGCUUUCAUUACUAUAAAUGGAAGUGUUGUUGAAGGAGAGAACUACGUUAUUAUAGUAAAAGCUGAAGAUUCCGCACUACAACCCAGUAACAGAAGAAUAUCAACUGUUCCUGUUAAUGUAGAAAUUACUGGAACUGGUACCAGACCACCUGUAAUUCCUGCCUCUGUUUACUCAUUGUCAAUUAGUGAGGGUACUCCAGUUGGAACAUCAAUAUUUAAAGUGGAUGCCACUGACCCGGAAGGAUCGGCCCUGAUAUAUACAAUAACAUCAGGAAAUAAUAAUGGAGACUUUGCUAUUAAUCAGAACAAUGGUGAAAUUUCGACGGCAAAGGCUUUGAACCGUGAAGCAACUCCUUCUUACAAUCUAGGCCUAAGAGUGACAGAUAACACAGCAUUGACUGAUACUGCAAACCUACAGAUAACUAUUACUGACGUCAAUGACAUUACACCAGCCUUUGGUAGUAAUCUAUAUACCUUUAGUGUUAACGAGGGACAACAGCCACCUGCUAAUGUUGGAGUAGUUGGUGCUACUGAUGGUGAUGCUGGUCCAAAUGGGCAGAUUCUGUAUUCCAUAGCACCAAAUUCUAAUACCAAUUCAGCCAACUUAUUUACCAUCAAUGCAGUCAGUGGGCAAAUAACAACAGUAGCUGUGUUGGAUUAUGAAGCCAAAAGUUUCCAUGAAAUUGUUGUCCAGGCAGCUGAUCAGGGCACUAAUCCCCGUAUUGGUACAACCACUGUAAGAAUUAAUGUAAAUGACCUGCAAGAUGAGAUUCCAAGGUUUACUAAUGAGAAUUAUCAAGCAACUAUCCUAGAAACAGCUCCUGUCAAUUCACCAGUUGUCCAAGUUGCAGCAGUGGAUCCUGACACAACAAAAAAUAUCACCUACAAAUUUCUAGGUGGAAAUUUCGUCCCAUUCAGUAUUGCAAAUGAUGGGAGAAUAUCUACCAAUGCAGCAUUGGACUUUGAGACUACCCCUCAGUACAUUUUCACUGUUACUACACAGCAAGGUGAAGGAGGUGGACUAUCGUCAACUGCUACAGUCACAGUUGAUGUUGUUGACCAGAAUGAUUUUACACCAGUAAUAGCUGUAACACCAGCUGGCAGUGUGACAGUACUUGAAACAGACGGAGUUGGUAGUAUUUUGGCCACCAUUACUGCCACAGAUGGUGAUCCUCCAGGUUCUGCCAACAGUGAUGUUACCAUAAGCAUUGUCAGUGUUAUUCCAAAUAGUGGCAAUAACUUGUUUUAUAUUGAUCCAAAGAGUCCAGCUAGACUUGUGAUCAGUCGAGCAUUGACUGGUGAUUCAGCGACUCAAUACACAGUAACAGUAUCUGCUGAAGAUGGUGGAGCUUCUCCAAAAAGUGCUUCAAUAACAAUUACUGUAAUUGUCAUCAGAAAUACAGCACCGUUCUUCUCUCCAACAUUUACAACGAUUAACAUAGAUAGUAAUCAAACUAUCGGGACAAUUGGUACAUUUGUGGCUACUGAUAAUGAUGCAAGGACUGAGUUUAACACCUUGACUUACUCGUUAAUACCAGAUAAUCGUGUACCAAAUCAUUUCCAAAUACAGAGUGGAGGUGUGCUUAGGCUUCAGAAUAGCUUAUUAAUUGAUAACUCGACAUCAUACAUUUUGACUGUCAUAGCGAAAGAUCCACCUGGUCUAAGUGCUACUGGUACCGUGACAGUUAGUGUUAGACGUAAUUUACAUGAUCCAGUGUGGGUAUUGCAGAACAACCAAGCAGCUGUUACUGUAGAAAUUUUAGAAACUAAACCUCUGCUUGAAUCUGUGGUUAAAAUUCGUGCAACUGAUGCAGAUACUCAGGCUCCUUACAAUACUUUAACUUACACAAUAGUUGGUGACAGUACAGCCCAGAGCUAUUUCAGAGGAGUGAAGCAAGGUGCAAACCAGGAGUUUGACUUACAGCUGAUUAGGUCUCCUGCUGAUAAUCAGAACAUCAAUACUUUCUCGAUAACAGUUGCAUUAGUAGAUGGUGGCAAUGGCUCACCUCCACAGAAUUUUGUUGUCACUGUCAAUGUUAAGAGAAAUCAAGCAGCACCACUUUUCUUCAACCAGACUUAUUACAAAGAGAUUAGCGAGACUCUGAAUAUUGGCCAAGAAGUGUUGACUGUACAGGCAAAUGAUGCAGAUACUGAGGCAUCUUUCAGAACAAUAACCUACUCUAUAGCAGCUAGCAGUGACCAUGGUGUUGACACUUAUUUCAGUAUUGUACCAAACACUGGUAGAAUAAACGUCAAAGCAGGCCUUGCUGGCAGUAAUUCGAUCUUUUACAAUUUUAUUGUACAAGCAUCAGAUGGAUCAAGAACAGCCAACGCUUAUGUAACAAUAAAAAUUCUACGAAAUCUCCAACCACCUGUCUUCACGAUAUUCUCUCAUACAGCCGGAAUUCUGGAAACCCAGCCAAGUGGUGUAGCGAUAAUUCUAAAUCCUGCAAACUUUGUUGUAACUGAUAAUGAUAGAGGUCCUCCAAAUAAUCAAAUCAAUUUCCGUCUGCUGAACAAUUUGGAUCAUUUCCAGAUUACACCUCAAGGAGUUAUCAGUGUCAAAAAUUCUCUAGUAACCAGUAAUCCUAGAUCUGAUAGUUACCAGCUGACAGUUCAAGCUUAUGACCUUGGUGACCCCACCCGAGACAGUUCUAAUACUGCUACUGUUACCGUGAGUGUCAUCAGGAACCAACCUCCUGUUAUACAAUCACAGAAUCUGAGUCCAAUAAGUGAAACAACCCCAGUGUCUACCAAUCCACUCUUCACAGUACAAGCCAAUGACCCAGAUACCAGGACUGAAUUUAAUAUGAUAACGUACAGUAUCUACGGACCAACAGAGGCCUUUACUUACUUUAAUAUUGAUUCAGCAUCUGGUGCUGUCACAUUGAGACAGGUUUUGACUGGGACAACACAGACUACUUUCCAGAUAUUUGUACGAGCCACUGAUAAUGGUUUCCCUGCUUUAUCUGACACUGAAGUGUUUACUUUGACGGUCCAAAAGAACCUCAAUCCACCACAGUUUGCUCCAUUGACAUAUACAGCAGAAAUACGGGAAGACCAUCAAGUGGGAACAGGAAUAGGAGUAACUAUGAUUGCAACAGAUGCUGAUAAUUCUCCUCCAUAUAAUACUGUCACAUAUGCUGCCACAGGAGAUAGUCGAGCUAUGUCAUACUUCACAGUGAAUAGCCAGACAGGGGUGGUAUCAGUCAGUAAGCCAUUGCAUGAAGACACUAAUAGUGCUGAUUACACUUUAACAGUUAGAGCUACAGACGGAGGGUCACCACCAAAUCAGUUACAAUCAGCACAGGUUGCUACGGUUACCAUCAAAGUAAACAGAAACAACAAUCCUCCAGUUUUCCAGAAUUUGCCUGCCACUAUUUCUGUGCCUCGUAACUCUGGAAGUAAUUAUUUGGUCAGAGAUGUGAAUGCUAUAGAUGCUGACAGCACAUCUCCAUUCAAUCAAAUUGAGUAUGCAAUUGUUGGAGGUGAUACAGCGAAUGAAUUCCAGAUAAACCCUAGCAAUGGAGAAAUAAGACUGCUCGGAAGUAUGACAAAAGCUAAGUAUGAUUUGACAAUCAUGGCCACAGAUGCUGUUGGUACUUCUGGUGUCCCUAGGAAAUCUAUUUAUGCCAUUCUGACAUUGAAUGUCGACAGUAACCUCAACAACCCUUCUUUGACAUCACCAGGAGCUGGAACUAAUUACAGGACAACUGUGGAAAUUAAUGAAGAUAUUGAUUUUAACUAUGUAGUGUUUGAUGCAGAGGCUAAUGAUGCAGAUCAAACUGAUCCAUACAAUAAGCUGGUGUUCUCUCUGACUGGAGUAGGAUCAGCAACAGAUUUUUUUACUAUUAACCAAGACACUGGCAUCAUUACAUUGAAAAAGUCCUUACUACAAGAGAAUGAUCUGCAAUAUACUACAACCCUGAUUGUUGAAGAUGGUGGCUCUCCUCCAAGAAAAGAUUCUAAUACUGGAACUGUUACAAUCAAUGUUAUUAGGAACAAUAAUGCUCCACAAUGGGAAAGUGCAACUUAUAAACAGAACAUUCCAGAAACAUCGGGUAUCAAUGCCAAUGUUAUUCCCGUCCGUGCCGUUGAUCCUGACCAAGUUUUCAAUGUGGUGAAGUACGAGAUUAUUGGAGAUGACAAGGCUCCUGCAUACUUUAAGAUAAAUGAAAACACAGGAUUGAUCCAAGUUAGAGCUUCUCUUGCUGGUAUUAAUGAUGAAAUCUUUUACGUGAGAGUCAGAGCAUAUGACAAUGGAUCUCCGCCAAUGGGUAAUACAACUGUUGUUUCUGUAACAGUAGAGAGAAAUCUUCAAGCUCCUGUCCUCGGAGAUCCUACUGUUAUAAAUGUCAGAAUUCCAGAAACACAAGAACUUGGUUUAGCCAUCACCAGAGUUAAUGCAACUGAUGCUGAUUCUCAGGCUCCUCACAAGACGAUAAGAUACAGAGCAUUUGCUAAUACAAAGACAAAUCAGUACUUUGGAAUUAAUGCAGAAACUGGAGAUAUUUAUGUAAAGAGGUCACUACAGUUAGACACCCAAGAGAAUUUCCAGAUGUUUGUACAGGCAUAUGAUGAGGGAACACCGAGUAAAGUUUCGUCCCAGAAUGCAACUAUUAAUAUUAUUGUAUUACGUAAUAAAUUUGCACCAACACCUACACAAGGAGAGUUUGAGGUUCUUGUUCCAGAGACUAAGGCUAUUUUAGAAAGUGUUCAGAUAGUUACAUUUAAUGAUGCAGACACAGAUCAACCAUAUGGAACAUUGACUUUGUCAGUCAUUGGAGAUGGUAAUGUAGAGACAUACUUUGACUUUCGUCAGAUUCUGGAUUCUAGCGGAAACGAUGCCGGUCAAAUCAGAGUAAAGACUAAUUUAACAACAGCUCCUUUAGACACAUACACCAUGAGAAUACAAGCCAAAGAUGGAGGUACGCCAGCAAUGUCUGGUACAGCUGUUGUUGUCAUCAAAAUAAAUAGAAAUUUGAAACGACCUGUCUUUGCUCCAACAUUUUACUCCAAAACAAUAAGCGAAUUAACCGACCUUGGUGAAGUUAUCGUCACAUUAAAUGCCACUGAUGGAGAUUUGAGAUCACCUAACAACAUUGUAAGAUAUCUAAUGAGUAGUGGUGCUCCUAGCCAGGAGGCCAGUAAUUACUUCUUGGUAGAUUAUACCACUGGUGAAGUAAGAUUACGUCAGUCACUCAUGAAUGACCCUAGUAAGACGGCAUCUUAUGCUUUUGAUGCAGAAGCAACCGAUUUAGGAGCGACUCCACUAGAAGGAAGUAACACGGCUCAGGUAUCAAUUACAGUAAACAGAAAUCGUAAUCGUCCAAUCAUAUCAAACUUGGAUAAUACCAUUGAGAUAUUCCACAAUAGUACUGGAGAUGUAUAUGAUGUGGCAGCGUCAGAUGCAGACACUGUUGCUCCUUUCAACACAAUUGAAUAUGAUAUCACUGGAGAUGACGGUGCCGAAUUAACUUUCAACAUAGACUCAUCUACAGGUGUUAUCUCCCUUGCUACAUCAAUUUUCCCACUGACAACGACAAGUUAUAAGAUCAGAGUAAGAGCUAGAGAUGGUGGUGUCCCUCGUUUGGAGGAUGUUGGAGUGUUAACAGUAAAUGUGAAGAGAAACUUCAAUGUUCCUGUAUUUAAUCUUAAUUCUUAUACCGCUACUGUUAGAGAAGAUCGUGACAUUGGAUUUUCUAUCAUUCAAGUUCUUGCAGGAGAUGUAGACUCUGAUUCACCAUACAACUUUGUAAACUACAAAAUUGAUGGAGGUGAUGCCAGAUUUUUAAUUGAUCCUUCAACUGGAUGGAUAACUGUUAGAAGAACACUGACAGGAGAAACACAGUCUACAUUUACAUUUAAUAUUUAUGCAGAAGAUGGUGGCACACCAGCAGGCAGAAGUCAGAACAUACCUGUGACCAUUACAGUUCAGCGUAAUUUGCAGACGCCAGUGUUUAAUAACCUACCAAACAGUCUCAGGAUUCAGCCAACACAGCUGGGUACUUUCUUCACUGCAAGUGCAACUGAUGGAGAUACAGUGAGUCCAUUUGGUGAUGUGAGUUAUAGCAUCAUAGGUGAUGAGUCAUCUACCACACUGUUUACUAUCAACCAAAAUGGCGGAGGUAUAGCCGUCAUCGGCAAUCUGCAAGCUGAUCAAGGAGAAUACUAUCAGGUACGAGUGGUAGCUCAAGAUGGAGGAAGCCCACCUAAAUCUGCAACUGGUAUCCUGUUGGUGAAUGUGACUCGUAACCUUAAUGCACCAUCCUUCACACAAACCAGUUAUAGUGCAGAUAUCCUGGAAACUCAAACACCUGGUGUAGAAAUAGCUGAUGUCAAUGCUAAUGAUGGUGAUUCUCUAGCACCACACAAUGAAUUGGAAUACACAUUAGUCGGAGAUAUCAAGGAUUCUGCCUACUUCCAAGUUGAUCCUAGUAAUGGAAAAGUUUCUGUCAAACAGUAUUUGAUGGCUGACACUGAUGAUACACUUCUUUAUACAUUCACUGUCACAGUUAAAGACAAAGGAACACCGUCUCAGGCUGGUACUAAUACAGCUACGGUCACGGUAACAGUCCAUCGUAACUUGAAUGAUCCACAACUAAACCUUCCUGCUACUGCCAACAUUGAUAGGACAAUUAAUAACGAUUCAGUUGUGACUACAUUCAAUCCCACUGAUGCAGACGACAGGAACAUUACAGAAAUAGAUGGAAAUUUUACAAAUCCUUUCAAUACAUACACCAUUCAAGUAAUUGGAGAUGGAGCCACAGCUGUCAACAUAUUUAAACUUCAAGGAAAUACCAUCAGAGUGGCCGAUGCUGUUACUUUAGCUGCAGAUUCUGCUGAAAGUUAUACGAUAAGGCUAUUUAUACAAGAUGGUGGUUCCCCUCCUAGAAAUUCCAUUGAUUCGAUCCAAAUCAACGUCAAUAGGAAUAUGCUUCCACCAUUUUUCACUCGUAAUUUUAAUACAACGAUACUGGAGAAUACACCUGUUGGAGAGGCUAUAACCACGGUAACAGCACAAGAUAAUGAUCCAAAGGCUCCUUACAAUGAGAUAUCUUACUCUCUGGUUGACAAUACACAGGCUUCUCCAUUCUUCUUCAUCCAGCCAGACACAGGUGUGGUGUCAUUGAAGUCUUCUAUUGCUGGCAGUAAUAUUAAUCCAUUUACUGUCUUGAUUCGAGCAGAAGAUGGAGGAAAACCUGCCCUGUCUACUACUGGUACCCUGACUGUUUCUGUCUCUGUUGACCCCACACUCUUAUGGGUAACAACUGAUUGGACAGAGACUAUCACAGAGAAUGAAGCUACAGGAGCUUUAAUAAGGACAAUCCAGGCAACACCACCGCCUGGAAUUGAGUAUUCCAUUACUGGGUUAUCCGAUGCUGGUGAUUAUUUUCAAAUAAAUAAAGACACUGGUGCUUUAACAUUGAAAAAGUUAUUAACAACUGAUCCAUCCAGGAGACCAAGUUUUGAGGUUGAAGUUCAAGCCACUAGAAAUUUCACACAAGGAAGACAGACUAUUAAGAACAUUCUAGUGGUUACAAUAACAAGGAAUGUUAAUGCUCCACAGUUCACUGCAAUCCAGUAUGUAACUCCAAAUGCAAUCUCUGAAAAACUUGGUCUUGGGGAACCAGUCAUUAAAGUGUCAGCUACUGAUGCUGAUAUAGGGGAUGUAUUGACUUACAGCAUUGUCCCUAGUCCAGGAGUCACAGAUUACUUCUACAUGGUUCCAUCUACAGGUCAAAUUACUCUUGGUAAACUGUUAACUACAGAUGCUGGAAAGGCAACAACUUACAGGUUUAAUGUAAAUGUUACUGACAAUUCUAAUCCAGAGAAGUUUGACUUAUCAUCUGUUGUUGUCACCGUGACCAGGAACCUACAAUCUCCAGUGUUUACCAAUACACCCUACAGACAGCCUAUUAAUUAUAACCAGCCAAUUAAUGUUCCAAUAUUUACAGCAACAGCUUUGGACGGUGAUAUGGCAAUCACAAGUUCCUUAAAGUUUGAAGUUGACUACUUCUCCGCUGCACCUGGAUUUUUUGCUGUCAAUCCUACUAGUGGAGAUAUAUCUGUUUACAAUGAUGGCUUAAAGACAGCCAUAGAACAAACAUACACUCUUGGAUUGAUUGUUUAUGACAUGGAGUACCCAGAAGACCAAGAUAAGACGAACUUGACUAUAACCGUGAAUCGUAAUCCAGCACCACCAGUAUUUGCUCCAACAUCGUAUACCCGUGUAAUAAAUGAAAGCUACCCAGUAGGAGUGAGUCUUGUGCAGCUUACAGCAACUGAUGCAGAUAAUCAUGAAUUAGAGUACACAAUCACUGGCAGUAACCCAGCAGGUGGAAUUAAUUACUUUGGUGUUAAUCAGUAUUCUGGACUUAUAUAUGUGUCAAAACCACUGACUGAAGUACCUAAUGUGGAUCAGUACCAGUUGACUGUGUCAGUAAAAGACCGUGGAACUCCAUCACAGACAGGAAAUAAUGCCUUUGUUACCAUAACGAUCACCAGAAAUAAAAAUCCACCAUCAUUUGCCAUCAAGUCUUAUGAGAAAACUAUCUCAGAAAAUUUCACAGUUGGUGGUUCUGUAGAAAGAGUGACUGCAACUGACAGUGAUGGCACGGCAACACCUUAUGGACAAGUGACCUUCCAGUUAGUUGGCGACUCUGACAGUAAUAUUGAACAGUAUUUCAGUCUGAAUGUAGAUAAUGGAGAAGUUAGAUCUAGACAACCACUAACAGGAGAAAAUGUUCCAUAUUAUCAGGGACGUGUCAUCGCCACUGAUGGUGGAAAUCCUGCUAGGUCAGCCACUGCUGUUCUCAAGAUAAUUAUAGAUCGUAACUUAAAUAUCCCUAAGUUUGAUCAACUAUUGUAUGUCAACCAGAUCUAUGAAACAGAGCCCUUCAACAGUGUGGUAGUUGAUGUCAAUGCACAAGACGGGGAUAGAAUUGCCCCUUACAACACUAUCACCUACUCAUGGAUAGAUACAACAGCAAAUGGUCGUGGUCAGUUAUAUUUUGCCAUGGAUACAAUCUCAGGACAGAUAACAGUACGUCAGAACUUGUACCAAGACACUACAGAUACAAGAUUUUAUACAUUUGAGGUCACUGCUACAGAUGGAGAUUCAAAGGUGUCUGCCAACAGAGCUGCUGUGAAUAUAUCUGUCAUUAGGAAUUUGUUCCCGCCCACUUUCCAGAACGAACCCUAUACUGCCAAAAUCAACUUCAACAUAGCUAUUGGAAAUGAGGUUACAAACGCUGUCAGUGCUAUUGAUCCAGAUACUGAUAGUCGCUAUAAUACAGUUUCAAUACGAUACUCCAUCAAUUCUGGAAAUCCUGAAGCAGACGCUUUCUUCCAAAUCAAUGCUGUCACUGGCCGGAUAACAACCAAAACUUCGUUGACUCAAACAACAUUAGAAGAAUUCAGAAUACCAAUUGUAGCCACAGAUGGUGGCACCCCAGCUCUAACAGACACUUCUACUGUGACCGUAACUGUUGAACGGAAUUUAAAUAAGCCAGAGUUUACUGAUGUUUCGUAUACCACUGCAGUCUAUGAGACGCAGACACCUGGUGUUGGUUUCUUACAGCUGAAUGCUGUAGACUUAGAUGCGGCAUCUCCUUUCAACACAAUCAACUAUGAUGUAUAUGGUAACGCUGAAGCAAUGAAUUUCUUUGGAGUAUACAGACAAUCUGGGCUUGUUUAUCUGAAACAGUCACUACUGGAAAAACCACAGACAUCAUUUUCUUUUAAUGCCAUGCUAACUGAUGGAGGUUCUACACCAAAGACAUCUCCUGUGAAUGCAACAAUUACAAUCAACGUGAUCAGGAAUGACUUUGCACCACAAUUCCAAGGAUUACCAUACAUUGGAGAUCUCGACGAAAACAUACAACAGAGUGGUUUUGUGGUUUUUAAAGCUUCAGCUACUGAUGGUGAUCCUUCUACACAUGAUUUUGGAAUAGUCCGAUACAGACUUAUCGGCGAUGGAGGAGCACCAAACUACUUUACAAUUGACAAUGAUGGAAAUGUUAGAUUAAAUAAUGUCCUUCAAGGAUCUUCAGCAACAGAGUUCAAUUUGAGAAUUGAAGCAUAUGAUCAGGGAACACCACCUAAAACCAACACAACUGUUGCCUUAGUUACUAUUAAACGUAACUACCAGGACCCAUUAUUCAAUGACACUAGUUAUUAUAAAAGGAUUCCAGAAACUUGGACAUUGGGAGAUGUUAUUCUUAGAGCAUAUGCAACAGAUGCUGAUGCCUUGGCUCCAAGCAAUGUUGUGAGGUACUAUAUAACUGCUGGACCAGACGACCAAGAAUGUUUCAUUAUCAAUGAAGUAAAUGGUGACCUGACAUUGAAAAGAAGCAUGCUGUACAACCCUUGUAGAGCUCCACGUUAUGAGAUGACUGUUACUGCAAGAGACCAGGGAACACCAAGGAGGAAUAAAACUGUUCAAGUGACUAUCGAUGUGGAUCGUAACUUGAAUGCGCCAGUUUUUACAAACAUUCCGUCUGUAGCCUCAAUUAAUGAGGAUAUUCAGCCAAGUUUGACAGUUUUUACUGUUAGUGCCAGGGAUGACGAUAAUCAGAGUCCAUUUAAAGAUUUUACAUUCAGUAUGAUUGGUGAUGACACUGCGACCCAGUAUUUCCAGAUUGAUGACUCCACUGGAUCGGUCAGUUUAAGACAAAGUGUGCUGCCAGACACUUUAGACCAGUACAGAUUAAGAAUAAUGGUGCAGGACAAAGGAACACCUCAACUGUCAUCUGUUGCUAUUUUACAAGUUGAUGUUACCAGGAAUUUGUAUCGGCCAGAAUUUUUGGUACAGAACUAUGAGACUACAAUUCCAGAAACACAGGCCAUUGAUACACCUAUAAUACAAUUAAAUGUAACAGACAAAGACACUAAAUCUCCACAUAACCAGCUGACCUAUACCAUACAGUCUACCACAGGUGCUCAGCAGUACUUCACUGUGACCCCGUCUGGUGCAAUUGUGGCUAUACGAUCUCUAACAGAGGAUGGAGCCAAUACUAACCCUUACCUUAUGACAAUUGCACUGAAAGAUCAAGGAAACCCUGUCUUAACAGCUACUGUACAGGCAACUGUUAGAAUCAAUGUAAACAGGAACAUUAACUGUCCUCGGUUUAAUACCAAUUCACCGUCGACAUACACCAUAACACAGAAUCAGUCAACAUCAGUGUUUGCCACAGUCAGUGCUACAGAUGCAGAUGCUCCUAAUACACCAUUCAGUAGAAUUACAUAUACUAUAAUAGGAGAUGACGGUGCUACGUCAAUGUUUACGUUAAAUACAAACACAGGGGGAAUUUCCAAUCUUCCAGCUCUGUACUCUGACAAUGGACGUACUUACCAGUUACGUAUCCAAGCUACUGACGGAGGAACACCACCCUGCAGCACAACCAGAGUGAUAUUAGUGACAGUUGAACGUAACCUAAAUGCUCCUCAAUGGUCAGGAACCAACACACCUAAUAAUUAUGUGGUGGAAAUACUUGAAACUCAUGACGUCACUGUUCCAGUCAAAGUAUUGGCUGCUACAGAUGCUGAUGAUAGGUCUCCUAACAGAGAUAUCAUCUAUGAGUUUGAUCCUAACUCCCAACACCAAGAUUUGUUUACUGUAGACCAGAAUGGUCCUGUAUAUUUAAGAGGCAGUAUGAUUGGUAAAACACCUGUACAGUAUGUUUUGACUUUGUUUGCUCGUGAUAAGGGGACAUCACAAAGGAGUAGUCCCCUUGGAACACUUACAGUCAACGUUGUUAGAAAUCAGAACCCUCCAAACAUCACCAACUUGCCAAGGGAAGUAAAUAUCAGUGCCUCACAGGGUACAAACCUGGAAAUAUUCCGAGUCACUGCUACAGAUGCUGAUACAAGGUCGCCAUACAAUACCUUGACAUUUGACCGAACUGGAGAAGGAUCAGCUACAACUUAUUUCAAUGUUAAUCCAUCAAACGGUGCUGUGUUCCUUACUGGUUCAGUCAGUGCAGUACCUGAUGAAAGACUUUAUUUGAGAGUAAGAGUUCAAGAUGGAGGAGAUCCUAAAAAAUCUGACAGUAAAGUUCUAACAAUAAUUGUGAACAGGAACCUGCAGAAACCUGUUAUGUCUGCUGGAAACUACAAUAAAAGAAUUCUUGAAACUCAGGCUGUUGGCAUCGAACUGGUUAAAGUCUCUGCAACAGAUGGUGAUAACUUUCCACCAAACAAUCAAUUGGAGUACUUCAUUUCAUCAACAAAUGCUGAAGUCAACAAGUUUGUACAAGUGGAUGCCGACACUGGAUCUGUGUCUUUGAAACAGUCAAUUAGGAAUUUCACUAAUGCUGCCACCAUUUUCACUGUUUCUUUCCAAGUUUCAGCUAGAGAUAAAGCAGCAUCACCGCAGACAGCAGAUAACCCACAGAUUGUUCAGCUGACUGUUGUACGUAAUACACAACCAAGAUUUACAAACACGGCUGCAUAUUCUAGGACAAUUCCUGAAACUACUCCUGGUGGACAGAUUGUUUAUGCAACAACAGUAUCUAACACCGAUACUGAUGCUCCAUUUAACCAGCUAGACUAUUCCCUGUACCCUGACAGUACAAACCAGGCUAGUCUAUUAUUUGAAAUUGAUUCAUCAGGUGUGGUCAGAGUUCAGCCAGGAGUUAACCUGAACCAGACAGCACAAACACAGUUUGAUGUGAGAGUGGUUGUAGCUGACAGAGGUACCCCAUCCCUGUCUGAUGUUGCCCAGGUAACAGUUACUGUAGAACAUAACCUCAAUCCACCAGUUUUUGGACAUUCCAGGGUAUUGCCCAUUCGCAUUGCAGAGACAACACCUGUUGGUGAAAAAAUUGUUACGCUCAAUGCUACUGAUGCUGACAAAACUCCUCCGAACAAUGUGAUACAGUUUGUCAGGACAGGUUCCGGUAACUCUAAUGAGUACUUCUUCAUCAAUCCAGCAUCAGGAGAGAUUAUCUUGAUCAAAUCUGUAGCAACUAUUACACAGAGUUUGUUUACUAUAAAUGUUGAUGCCAGAGAUCAGGGAUUACCUCAGAGAGUAGUUGAUGUAACAGUCACUGUUAAUGUGGAUCGUACAACUGGUACCCUGCAGUUUACAGCUCCAUCAUACAAUGAUACAAUCAAUGAGAAUGAUCCAGUAGGAAACCUUGUCUGGACAGUCAAAGCUAAUCCAGACCCUGGAAUAACAUAUGAGGUAACUGGAUUAAGUUCGGCACCAGAGUAUUUUGCUGUUGGCAAUACCAGUGGAGCAGUCACUAUAAAGAAAGAUUUAAGACAGGAUCCAGCUGGACUCGCAUCUUAUCUGCUUCAAGUUGUAGCUACAAAGACAGAUGUUAGUGUACAGAAAGCUACAGCAACUGUCACCAUUGCAGUAAACAGGAAUCUAGCAAAUCCUGUGUUCCAACCAAACAGUUUUUAUACGAAGGACAUUGAGGAAACCACAGCAGUGGGAGGGGAAGUUAUCAAAGUAUCAGCAACAGAUGGAGAUCAGGAUACAUUGAUGUAUACUAUGGAAGAUAAAUCACCACACAAAGAUCUAUUUUUUGUAAACUCACAGACUGGUUCAAUAACUCUUAUAGCACCCUUACUCAACACAAGUGUCAACAAUUUUACAUUCAAUGUCAUAGCUAGUGACCAGCGGGCUACACCUAGAACAGCUACAGCUAGAGUAAAUCUAAAUAUCCUCAGAGAUAGAUUCCCUCCACUGUUCACACGUAAUCCAUACAUUACUGGAGUCACAGAAAAUAGCCCUGAUGGUACAGUCUUUGUCACAGUGACAGCCACAGACCAAGAUUUACGUGGUGACAUUGUGUAUGAUGUAAUAGGUAAAGGAUCAGCACCGGCCUUCUUUGAUGUUGAUCCUACACAAGGAACUGUCUCUGUGAUCAACCAGGCAUUGAUGAAAGCUGACAAUACUCCAGUAUAUGAGUUGGAAGUGAUAGCCUAUGAUUCUGUGUACCCCAACAACCGUGCAAAUUCUACUGUAAGAAUCACAAUGCAGAGAAACUUGGGUCGGCCAGCAUUUGUGGGAGGACCAUACUCGGCCACAAUUAAUGACUUGUAUACUCUAGGACAGUUUGUUCUCCAAGUGAAUGCCAAUGAUACUACAGAUAAUGAUCCAGUUACUUAUGAAAUAAUGGGAACUGCCCAAGCCCUAGAAUAUUAUUACAUAGAACCAACAACUGGGAGAAUUACAUUGAAGAAACUUCUGUCAGAAGGCACACAGUUGGAAGAUAGGAUUACAAUUAGAGCUUGUGAUACCAGAACACCAAUACAAUGUAUCAGUAUUGUUGCAACCAUUACAGUUGUUAGGAACCAACAGUCGCCGACGUUUACAAACCUUCCUGCUGGAGUAAAUCUAGAACAAGGUCUUGAUGUCGGGAGUCUUGCUUUCACAGCGUCUGCUAGAGAUGGUGACCUUAGAGCACCGGGAAUAUUGCAAUUUGAAAAAAAUGGCAUGUACCCUGCUCCAUCCUUCUUUGAUGUAAAUAUGACAACCGGAAUAGUAACAGCAUCAAGGCUUUUGACAGAGGACGCUUUGCAGACUAAUCCAUACAAGCUUGAACUAGUUGUUUAUGAUAGUAUGUAUCCAAACGACAGAGCCACUGGUAUAGUCACUUUUACCGUCAAUCGUAAUCCAAGUACGCCUUCUUGUAGUCUUGGGACAUUCCAGUCUACUCCACCAGAAAACACAGCACUAGGAGAGCUUGUAGUUGAUGUAAAUGCGACUGAUAAUGAUGGAGAUAAACUGACAUAUAGUUUUGAUGCUGCUACCACUGAUGCUACAGAAAGGAAUUUCUUAUAUAUCAACCCAGAAAAUGGUGUCAUCACUCUGAAAAGAUUGUUUACAACUACAGCUCAAAAUAGCUUUGUGUUUAAUGUAAUCGCAACAGAUACCGGAGGAAGUACUACGUCAUGUGGUGUCAACAUCAAUGUUGUACGUGAUGCUGCCCCGACAUUCAUUCCAACAGCAUACUACAAACAGAUUGAUGAGACGGAACCAGUCAACGGACAAAACCCCCUUGUUGUAGUGACAGCUACUGAUGCUGAUAGAAAGCAACCUCUUGUAUAUGGUAUACAAGGGGAUCUCCAAGCUCCAUAUUACUUCACUGUCAAUAAUUCUACUGGUGGUGUGUACGUAAGGAACAACUUGAAGGAAGAUGUUGAAACAAGAUACAUUUUGAUAGUUACAGCCUACGAUCCAGGAUCCCUGGGUAAAACUGCCACUGGAACGGUAACGAUUGAUGUUGUACAUAAUCCUAACCCUCCAAAACUGACCCCUGUAUCAUUCUCGACAACCAUUUGGGAGUACCAACCAAUCAGCUCUAACAUUCUGAAUAUCACAGCCACAGAUGGUGAUCAGGAUACUUUACGAUAUGUAUUAUUCAGUGAUGGAACAAUGGCUUCAGCGAGGGCACUUCAGUACUUCAGUAUCAAUCCAGAUAACGGACUCAUCACUGUUUCAAAAGAUCUUCAGACAGAUACCACAAAAGCCAAAGUUUACAAUAUGAAAGUCAGAGUUCGGGACCAAAAAUUAACAUUUGAAAAGGAUGCCACAGGUGAUGUGACUAUUAAUGUUAAUCGUAACGAGCAAUCACCUCAGUUCCAAGGUCUACCAUAUACCAGGACAUUGUCAGAGAACUCUCUCCUGUCAACCUCAGUGUUCACACUGUCAGCGAUUGAUAAUGACCUGAGGGGUACAAUGACGUAUGGCAUUUUUGGAGAUCUUUCCGCCCCAUACUUUUUUAAACUGGCAAACUCUCUUGGUGUUCCUGCAGGAAGAAUUGUUAUGCAGAAUGAUUUGAAGAAUGAAGAUGCCACAAAUUACAUUUUAAGAGUUAGAGCCUGGGAUUCAAUAUAUCCUAAAGACUUUGCAGAAGAUAUUGUAAACAUCACUGUGACUAGAAACGAAAACCAACCUAUCUUUACACGCCUGCAAUUUGAAACAACGAUAAACGAAACAGCACAAGUUGGCGUGGCAGUCAUCAGAGUGAAUGCAACUGACAUUGAUGGCGAUAAACUACGUUAUACUGUAAUCUCAACGACAACAGCCAAUGAUUUCUUUACCUUGGAUCCAGAUACAGGCAUUGUCUUUGUUCAGAAUGUUUUGACGACAGAUACUGUCACAAGUUACACUAUGGUUGCCCAAGCCUCAGAUGGCAAGAACCUUGCCACUGUAAAUGUUGUCAUCAAUGUCAUAAGGGACCUUAGUGUACCAACAUUCACACAACUUGUUUAUCCUGUAACAAUCAAUGAGAACAGACCUUUGAAUGACAUUAUAGUAACAGUACAGGCUUCGGAUAAUGACAGACAGGGUGCAAUCAGAUACAUAGUUGUUGGAGAAUAUCCAGCUCCAAGUUUGUUUGGAGUCGAUCCUGUCGGUGGUCAAGUGUCAAUAAUCAGAAGUGUUAGGGGAGAUACGUCAGCAGAUGUAUAUAAUCUCACUGUUGAAGCCUAUGACACAUUAAGACCAACAACAAGUGGGAAAGCCCUUGUGCAGAUUACAGUGUUACGCAAUCCUAAUCUUCCAGAAUGGGGCUUACCAAGUUAUGAUUCAGAUGUCCGUGAAGAUGCACCAGUGUUUUCAGAUGUCAUCAAAGUCCAGGCUUCUGACAAAGAUCCUGAUGACACUUUAAGCUAUGGUAUUGUUAAUGAGAGACUUGAAAGAGCACUUACUUCUGGACCCUCAGAUUAUUUCUUCAUUGACGAUGUAACUGGUCAGAUGAAACUGGCUAAGUCGUUACUGAAUACUGAUAUUCAGAGAUUCUAUGUAACCGUGCAAGCUUGUGAUGAUGGCAGUCCUAUGAGGUGUAUCAAUACCACUGCUACUCUGACAGUUGAUCGUACUGGACAGCCACCAAUAUUCACUAGGAACCAGUACACACAGAUCAUAGAGGAGAACAAGGCAGUUGGUGAUUCUGUAUUAGUUGUUACUGCCAAUGAUGCCAAUAGAUUGGGUAAUGUUGUAUAUUCAGUUGUACCUCCAGGCAGUGAAUACUUCUCUCUGAAUUCGUCCUCAGGUGAUAUUACAUUAGCCAAGAGUGUAAAAGAUGACUUAGCUACUGAUUACAAGUUCCAAGUUGUAUCAUAUGAUAGUGGAGAAAGUAUUUAUAGAUCUACCGCAGAUGUGACAAUAAUUGUUACACGUAAUCCAAGCCCACCACAAUUCUCCGAGGUACCUUACAGUGUAACUCUGGAUCAGAACUCACCAUACAAUUUCAUGGUGGUAAACACAACUGCCACUGAUGCUGAUGGGGACAUUCCAAGAUAUUCUGUUGUGGCUUCAGUGCCAACUAUGUCUUACUUUAGCUAUGAUACAGAUACAGGUGUUUUGUAUCUACGAAAACUUUUGACCUCACCAAAUCCUCCCGUUAGAUUUGUACUGACAGUCUAUGCACGGGAUCAGAGGCGUGUAAAUGAAAAGACUGGAACUAGUACAGUUACCAUCACGAUGGACUAUGAUUCUCAACCACAGUUUAAUCCAUCAGCGUAUACAAUUCAAAUGGAGGAAUCAAGACCUGUCGGAGCUUUAGUUGUAAAUACUAAUGCAGAAGAUCAAGAUCUCAAGGGCUCAAUGGUUUAUGAAGUCAUUGGUGAUUAUCCUGCUCCAGAUUACUUUGCUGUAGAAUCAACUAAUGGUACAGUUACAGUAAAAAGAGAUGUGAGAACUGAUGCCCUCAAUCUAGGAACCUACACUCUGAAAGUGGUUGCAUAUGACUCACAGAUCCCCAGUCUUAGAGCUACAGCUAAUGUUACUAUAACUAUCAAUAGGAAUCCUAAUGGUCCUCAAUUCCAGCCAACAUCUAACUACUUCAAACAGAUACUAGAGAAUACAACUGUUGGCUCAGAAAUUGUUGAUAUUGAUGCCGUAGAUCAAGAUAAGGAUACAUUGACCUAUGAGAUAGUACAGGCUUCCAGCAAUGGUAUGGACAUAUUUUUCAUAGAUCCCAGUACAGGAGCGAUCAUUAACAAACAACCGCUGACCUCUGACUCCACACCUGACAAUACGUAUAAUUUGAUUGUUCAAGCUGUGGAUGGUCGUGGCCAAGCAGCUAAUGCCACUGUCCAGAUACAGAUCAUCCGUGAGGUGGCAGACAUACCACCAAGGUUUACAGAUUCAACAUUUAACACAGAAAUCAGAUUUGACCAACAAAUGAAUGUUAAUUUCUACAGAGUGAAUGCUACAGACCCAGAUCUGAAGAAAGAGCUUGUUUAUGAAUUAAUUGGAGUGUACCCAGCACAGAAUUUCUUUGUUGUGAACCCAGCAACAGGUGACGUGUCACUGAAGGCUGCAUUAACAGCAGAUCCACUCGCUUUACUUGACUAUACACUCCGUGUCCAGGUCUAUGAUUCUGCUCUCCCUGAUGUUCGAGCAGAACAGAGUUACAAUGUCAAGGUGAACCGUAAUCCAAGAAACCCAGAGUUUUUAGCAUCAUCUUAUUCUAUUUCAAUCAAGGAGAAUUAUCCAAUAGGUGGAGCUGUUAUAACUGUCAAUGCAACAGAUGCUGAUGGGGAUGUAGUGAAGUACAGUAUUAUUGAGGAUACAAAUGGUGUAGCAGCCAAAAAGUAUUUCUUUAUAAAUGCAGAAAAUGGUAUCAUCUUUGUGUCUGACAAUCUGAAGAAGUCUGCACCCACAGGGACUUUCAGCUUCAGAGUGAGAGCUCGUGAUCAAGGGAAACCAGAAAACUAUGGAGAAGCGUCAGUGGCAAUAACCAUUGACCGUGAUGAUAACACGCCACAGUUUGUGUAUCCACCUAACCUGUCAAAUUACUAUGCCACAAUAGAGGAGACGAGGACUGGUUUGAUCUUGUCUGUUAGGGCUACGGAUAAUGACAAUGAACCUACUGGCUCUAUUCAGUAUGAGGCUGUUGGAGAUGGACUCGCUAUAGCAUAUUUUGAUGUACAGAAUAACGGCAAUGUUGUCGUUCAGAAAUCUCUCUUGACAACAACAGAGACAAAUUUCUUGUUACAAGUCAAAGCCUACCAUUCUUUCUGGCCAGACAAUGCAGUAUUUGGUAACGUCAACAUCACCGUAAGACGUAAUGUAAACUCUCCAAUCUUCACGCCAAACAACAACAACAACUACCGAGUUCAGAUUAAUGAAUACCAUCCAUUCGGACAAGUUGUUGCUUCUAUAAGAGCUUCAGAUAAUGAUCAGGAUACCAUCCGAUACACCAUUCUGGGACCACCAGCAGAUAAGAACUAUUUCUACAUUCAAUCUGGCACUGGGGAUGUGUACCUUAGACAGUCACCAAGUAAAAAUCCAACUGUUUCUCAGUAUGUGAUGACUGUUGAAGCUAGUGACCAGAGAAGUCCACCUAACACUGUCAAUGCCACCCUGACAGUAGACAUUGUAAAGAAUUCUCUGCCAACAUUCUCUAAUCUCCCUGGUACCAUACAGUUACGAGAGGAUACACCAGUAACACAGUUAGUGUACCAGGUUACAGCUCAGGAUACUGAUAUAGGGGUAACCAGUGGACAGCUGACCUUUGCAAUUGUAGGAGACAGUUCAGCUCCAAGCUUCUUUAAGAUUGACCCAACCACUGGUGUUAUCACCCCUCGUGUAAAUUUAACGUCUGAUGACACAGAGCUGCAGUACAAGCUAAGGAUAGUAGUAUAUGACUCAGAAAUCCCACAGAUGACAACUGAAUCUGUGCUGACUAUAAAUAUGACACGUAAUCUCAAUGCUCCAGACUUCAUCCCACCUGUCUACAAUUUCCCGAUCACUGACCAGUACAAGGUGGCUCAACAUGUUGGAACGCCAGUUACAGCCACUGAUGGUGAUGGGGAUACAUUGGUAUAUGAAAUAGUAAAUGGACCACUUGACUUUUUCUAUUUGAAUCCUGUAACAGGACAGCUGACUUUAAUCAAAGACCUGGCCACCACAAACCAAAAAACAUUUUCAUUCCAAGUAUCAGCCAGGGAUCAGAAAAAUCCAGAGAAGUCUGACAUAGCCACUGUGACUGUUACUGUUGACCGUGAUGAAGAUAUACCUAGCUUUCCUACUCAGAAAUACACAGCAAACAUUGUGGAAACAGAACCAGUUGGGAACGUCAUUGUUACUGUUACAGCCAGUGAUAACGAUAUUCGAGGUCAAAUGAUGUAUGAAGUAGAUGGUAUCUACCCAGCACCAAGUUUCUUCUCAGUUAAUUCUACAACAGGACAGAUUAGUGUUGUACAAAAUCUGAAAAAUGAUGCUAAAGCACAGACCUUAUACAUUCUUAAAGUCGUAGCUUACGACAGUUCUUCACCAGACAUAAAGGGAACAGCUAAUGUUGAGGUCACAGUUCAACGUAAUGUUAACUCGCCAGCAUUUAUUGGACUACCAUACUCCAAAGCAGUGUCAGAAUUACAUCCAAUGGGCACAGAAGUUAUAAACAUCACAGCCAUAGAUGGUGAUGGGGAUGCAGUAACAUACCAGAUAAUUUCUGACAACAACAAUGGAGCAUCAUUUGGUUAUUUCUACAUUGAUGAAAAGACAGGAGUUAUUUAUCCAAAGAAACCAUUGACAGAUAGCACAGAACAGUCAUUUACGAUGACUGUAAGAGCUACUGACUCUGGUAAUCCAUCUAAACAUACAGACACAACUGUAACCUUCUCCAUCACACGUGUGCCUCCACCAACCUUUGGAGGACCUUACUCCAUCAGUCUUAGAGAAGAUACUCCCAUUGGAACCCCACAGGUCACAGUUGCAGCUAAUCCUCCAUCUUCUGCACCAAAUGCCAAUAUUACUUAUGUUAUCGUUGGAAAGCCACCAGCACCAUACUAUUUUAAGAUAGAUGAAAACACAGGACUGAUCACUGUUCGAAAUAACUUGACAACGGAUGAUUCCUUAACAUAUACUCUUACGGUAAGAGCUUUCGACAGAUACACUCCAGAAAUUUACAGUGAAACAAACAUUCCAAUCACAGUGAGCAGGAAUGAUAACCCACCUGUAAUUUCUCCACCAACUGUAACUGUUUCUGUAGACGACGAUGAAAAUCUUGGUUACAAGGUUGUCAAACUGAAUGCAACAGAUAAAGACGGGGACAACCUGGUAUUCACGAUAACUGGUACCAAUAGAUGUCAAGAUGUAUUCUAUAUUAUACCAAGUACUGGUGAUCUAUAUCUGGGUAAAGAUCUUAGGACUACAUCUGAUACUAGCUUUACUUGCCAGAUAAGUGUCUCUGAUAAUGGAAAACCUAAUCCCAAAAUUUCCACAACAACUGUCCAGAUUGGUGUAAAUCGGUUGAAUUACCCAGGAUUCAGUAUACCAUCAUAUACAGCCAACUUGAGAGAGGACGAUCCUGUAGGAAAAGAUGUUGUUCAAGUCCAAGCAUCUAGAACUCCAACUUUGGGUUCCAUUGUAUAUGAAGUUGCAGGAGAUUUAUUGUCACCAUACUUCUUUGGAGUAAACAGCAGCACUGGGCAGGUUAAGAUCAUCCAAGAUCUACGUAACGAUGCUACAAAAUCUCUCAGUUAUAUUCUGAAAGUUGUUGCCUAUGACAACCAAAAACCACUCUUAAGGACUACAGCAAAUGUUGCCAUUAGUGUAGCUAGAAACUUAAAUGGACCACAGUUCCAACCAGACCAAGAGACCAUCACUCUUCCACCUGACACUGAUCCAAACUUCUGGUCCAUGACACACAAUGUGUCAGAUCCAGAUAGUACUGAUCUUGAAUGUUCAAUUUUUGGAAAUGCCAAAGCCCAGCAGUACUUUAAAGUUGAUCCUAAGACCUGUGUACUUAGUCUGAAGACAAGCCUACAGGGUGAUCCAGAUCAGACUACAGAAUAUAGGGUAACAAUACAAGUGACAGAUAAUGGAAAACCAAAUCCACGAACAGACAACAAACUGGUCAUCAUUAAUGUACCCAGAGACAUAAAUAAACCAACAAUUGCCAAUCUACCAGCUACUGUCAAUAUUAGUGAAGGUGUCCAGGUUGAUCAAGCCAUUUUUACUGUUAAUGGGAGAGAUCAGGACAAACCGGCUAACUACCCAUUGCAGUAUAGAAUAAUCGGUGAUCCUGUAGCUCAGACAUUCUUCAAGAUUAAUUCAGCUAAUGGCCAGAUACAGAUCAGGAACCGACCUCUGUCUGAUGGCCUCCAGAGAAUGCAGUACAAGGUUGAAGUUGAAGUUAUAGAUCCUGACUGGCCUAACAAUCCAGCUACUGGUAUCCUGACUAUUAACGUUGAUCGUAAUCCAUCAGGACCAAUCUUCAGCACAUCCUUGUACACCAAAGUUUUACGUGCAAAUCAUCAAGUUGGUGACUCUGUAAUACAACUACAAGCUCCUGAUACCGAUGGGGAUAAAGUGACAUUCACAAGCAUGGGAACUGCGCAGGAUAAAUCAUAUUUCCUUGUGCACCAAUCAAAUGGUGGAAUAUACCUUGUGAAAUCAUUAGAAAUAUCAGGAACACCAACACAAUUUGAGUUCAAAGUACAAGCCUCUGACAACAGACUUCCUGUACAGACUGUUGAGGCUACAGUUCGUAUUACCGUUACACAUCUACAGGGACCACCUACUUUUACUUUGUCUGACUACCAGAGACAGAUAUUUAUAAGCCAUGCAGUCAAUGCAACCGUGGAAACGGUGCAAGCUACUGACAGUGAUAUACAGGGUCAGAUACGUUACGGUUUGAUAGGCUUCCAACCUGGUACAGACUACUUCCGUUUAAAUACAGUUAGCGGGCAGAUAUCAUUAAAGAAAAGUCUAUAUGAUAAUCCAGAUACCAACCCAAUAUAUGUUCUGCUAGUUGAAGCCUAUGACACCUUAGAGCCUGAUAACAAAGCCUAUGCUACAGUCCAGAUCACAGUUAUUAGGAACCAGAAUGGACCAGUAUUCAUACCAACAUCUUAUUCAGCCUUCAGAAACGAUUAUGAUGGUAUAGGAACAUCUGUAGUAACUGUCCAGGCUACUGACGGAGAUUUAACUUCUCCUGAAAAAGACAAAGUGUUUUCCAUUGAACCAACAAAUGAUUACUUCACCAUUGAUCCAUACUCUGGUCUCAUCACAAUCAAUAAGAGAAUGUCUGAGGAUACAAACACACCUCAACCAACAUCUUAUUCUUUCAACGUAAUUGCCAAAGACACAACUGCCAGUCCUAAGAGUGCAACAGCAGUAGUGACAGUGACUGUCAGUAGAAACACAGCCCCAUCUUUUGUUGAGCCGACAGGAGGUUACGCUGUUUCUACAACAGAGUCUGUUCAACUGUUUGAGAACAUCAUUAGAGUACAGGCUGUUGAUAAUGAUAGGCCUGACCCUGUAAAUGGAGCGAUUGAGUAUUACUUUGUUGGACCAGAGGCUCAGAGCAGAAUAUUUCAGAUCAAUUCGGUUAAUGGAUCUAUUUCAGCCCGUAUCCCACUGACAGAAGUUCCUGAUGGACAAGAAGUUCAAACGUUCACUGUUGGAGUAAGAGACAAAGGAAUACCAGCUAAAACUGAUACCACUACUGUCAGAAUUACCAUUCAGAGAAUCGGUGAUAUUAGCUUUGACAAGUCAGAAUAUGACCUCACUGUUAGAGAAAGUGAUUUUAAUAUUGGUGAUACAGUAUUUGCCAUUACUGCUAACGAUCCACUGGCUGGCAGUGUUGUUAUAUAUGAUAUGAGAGGAGAUGGUUUGGCGAAGACAUUCUUCAAUGUUACUAAGAUAGGGAAUGCUGCAACUAUUACCCUCAACAAACUGUUGAUAGAGGAUGACAAUAGAUCACCGUCCUAUGUCGUAAGAAUUGUGGGUUAUCGUCAGAAGGAUCCAGCCCAAUAUGCUGAAGCCAUUGUCAGGAUAACAGUUAUCAGAAACCCUAAUGAUCCACGAUUCACUCAUGGGGCAGCUGUCUUUACAAUUAACGAGGAUGCAGAUCCACUGACCCUGGUAGGAAAGGUCAAUGCCACUGAUGAUGAUGAGGGAGAAAAUGGUAAACUAACAUACAAGUUCAGUACACAAGAUACAGUACCACCAUAUGGAGCAGACUAUUUCUACAUUAACCCAUCAAAUGGUGAAAUACUGACCAUCAACAAUCUAAGGGGAGAUAAUCUCAAACAGUACAAGUUUGUAGUAAUAGCACAGGAUGGAGGUGUUCCAAAGAAACAGAGCAGUAUUCCUGUUACAAUCAUGAUUGAGAGAAAUCCAUCAGCACCACAGUUCAUACAGAGUCAGUAUGAGAUUACAAUCAAUGAAAGUACAGCCAUCAAUACUAAUAUCCUCACAGUACAGGCUAGAGAUAAUGACAAUGAUCCAUUGGAGUAUUCUAUUGUAGAAGAUCCGCCAGCCUCUUUCUACUUCAAGAUAGAUCCAACAUCGGGAACUAUUUCUACUAAUGCUAAUCUUUACAAUGAUGAAGCAUCUAAAUACACUUUGACAGUGAAUGUAAAAGAUCUAACCAAUUCACCACAGACAGAUUCCGCUAAAGUGAUUAUCAAUAUCAGGAGAAAUAUUUAUGGACCAACCUUUGACAACAAUAGAUAUAACGUACAGAUAUCAGAAUACCAUCCUAAUGCUGACAUCGUGACGACUGUUACCGCUAAAGAUUUAGACAGUGUAACUAGUGCAACUAGUUCAAGUGGAAUUUUACGUUACCAGAUUAACGCCACAAACCCUGUAUCACAAUUCCCAUUCUUCACAAUUAGUCAAACGUCCGGUCAAAUCUACCUUUCGAGAUCUUUGACAACAGACGAAUCAGCAAACCAAUACACUUUAACAAUUGUGGCAAAGGAUGUUUCAGCUCAGCCAAAGGCUGCCACAGCCAGUGUUGUUAUUACGAUUGUCAGAAAUCAGUUUGCACCAACAUUCAACCAGACUGAAUAUAAAGUAUCAGCUUCUGAUAAACAGAAAUCUGGAACAGUUCUAGAGAGGCUUCCAGCAACAGAUCUUGAUAUAAAUAUCCCACUUAGUGCCAAUACUCCUAAUGCUCAGUUUGAGUUCUCUGUGGUAGAAGACACCGAUUAUUCCCGUUACUUUGGAGUUUCUGCUCUUGGAGAUGUAUUUAUAGCACAGCCAUUAAAUCUUCAAGAUCCUAAACCUGCAUCAGUCCAGACCACUGUCAGAGUUUGCGACAAGAGCUGGAAGGAGAAAUGUAGUGAUGCUACACUGAUAGCUAAUUUGUCAUAUACUGCCGUGCAGGAAGGACAAUUAGGAUUUACGCGGCCAGAAUAUGUCAUCGACAUUCUAGAAAAUGUACAAGUUCCAUUUUCAGUAACGUCACUGGGAGUGGAGAACCAGGGAGUCAAUACAGUGCUUUGUACAAUUACAGAUGGAAAUGAAAACCUUGGAUCUCAAUCAUUAUUCAGCAUCAGGCCUUCUACAUACUCAAAGUUUUGUAAUCUGACUCUACAAUCAAAUCUGGAUUAUGAAAAGAAGAACCGAUACCGAUUAACUAUAGAUGUGGCUUCUAAUAAUUUUAAUAACAGGAGAAAGAGACAAAUCUACAUAUGGAAUACUUGGCCAAGGACUGUAGUACACAUUAACGUUAUAGAUGUCAACGAUAUCUCACCACAGUUUAUUUUCCCAGUCUAUCCAUCUCAUAGUAACGCAGAUGUUGCUGAUAAAUAUUUUGCCAUCGUCACUUCUGACACAAAGGCAGAUUCAUUGGUGACAAAUGUCAUAAGGGCUGUAGAUAAUGAAGCGGGUAUCUUUGGACAAUUGAGUUAUUCCAUUAGCAGCAGUGCCAAUUUUAAAAUAGAUACAACAGAUGGGGUCAUUAGCACGAAAAGCGAUUUUUCAGCAGACGCAACAGACUUUAAUGCUUUACCAAUGGUGUAUGAUUUGGAAGUUAGAGACCAAGCUCCUCGAUAUGAAGAUCAGCUUUCAGAUACAGCUAAACUAUACAUUAACACAGUUUUCGAUAUACACAGAUUUAUAUUGGUAGCAAGUUUAUCUGUGGAAGGUGCUACUGCAAAACAAGAAUCAAUUAGACAACAACUGCAGGCCAAUACAGGAAAUAUUGUGUUGAUAGAUAAUAUUGAGAAAAAGAGAGACGAAGAUCUGAAUGUUAUAAAUACAGCAACUGACAUAACUUUUGUAAUGGUUAGACCCAAUACUCAGUUCAAGCUGAUUAAGAAUACUGAUGACGGUACCCUGUUUACUGGCACCAAAAUCAAUGAAAUCGGUAACAUCCUUAAAGAUGAUGAUGUCACAGUUGAAAACAUUCGUCCGCCAUAUUUAGAUGCACAGGCAGUCAGGACAAGAAUAACAAAAUCUUAUGUUUGGUGGUUGGAUGAUCCUUGGGCAGCACUCAUCGCCUUGGUAGCAAUUUCCAUCCUGCUUUGCAUUGUGGGAAUAAUCGUUAUUAUCUUCACAUCGUCAAGAUACACUAAAUAUAUGAUCAACUACAAACCUUAUGAAACAUAUGAUCAUCCGGAGUUUAUGGAACCACCAGAUUUCCUUAGAGAAUAUGAAACACAGAGUUUAAACAUGUAUGUGCCACCAGAUGAACCAGUCAAAGAAUUAGGAGAGAUCAACAUGACAUUUGAAGGAGAAACUGUACAAGCACAUCAUACAGGGGCCACAGAAGGGGUAGCUUCAGCAGUAAAUCCACUCUAUCAAGAAGAUGAUGACAAAGGACAUCAAAGAACAGGAUAUAGUGAGGGAACAACGAUGUUGUAAAACGAAGACUUUUUACUAUAUAAUCUUGCCGUCAGAACAAAUUGUUCACUUAAAUUUAUUGGAUGUAAUAAAAUAUCAAAAUAUUUAAUAAAUUUCAUGGAUUGUACACAUGAUUUUAUAAGCAUGUUGUCUCAAACAAAUCGAACAAAAAUUAUCCUUUCAAGAUAAGAAAAUCAAUGUUAAGGUUUUACGAACUAUUUUCAAAAUUUUUAUCUUUCGUUGUGUCUUGUUAUUAGAAAAGAAAUAGUAAGACUUAAGAUUUUUAAAUGGCUGUUUUCAAUUAUUUAUCUCACUUAAAAUGUCAUUUUUGAUACUCCUGCAGAAUUUAAUAUUUUAAUCCAAGAAUGAUACUCCCUAGCGAGUUCUAUUACUUUACCAUGUUCUAUAUUACUGUCACAAUUUUUUAUACCAUCUAUGCAAAGAUAUGUAUGCAAAUUUAAAUAUAAAAUUUGCAAAUAAAUCAAAAUAGGACUUCUAUACUUAUUAAAUUUUUUUUUAUAUUUUUUUUUUAUCAAGAGCAUAAUAUGACAGAUUUUCAAUAUUGAUAUUCCCUUAUAGAGAUUAUUUACAUUUUUACAGAUUUAUUUUUUCUUGUUAUCGAAAUUCUACACAUUCUUUUGCUUUAGGAUAUUGUUAUGGUCUUUAUAUUUUAUAUGAUUUGCUAUUUAUCUACAUUAUCAUAUCUUUACAAAACAUUCCAAAUUUUUAUAUAUAAGGUCAAUGAUUUUUAUUUUAAAGACAGAAGACAAAACAAAUCUACUUGUAAAAAAGAUAGUAUGUCACAAUACUUUAAACUUGAGCAGUCUUCCAGAUCAUAUUAACUUGGCCAUAUUUUGUGAGACAUUAUAACUGCUGUUUGAUUGUUAUAAAUAAAAAAGUGCAUGUAUAGGUUGUGUUUUUUAGGCUAUUCAGUAAAAUGUUUGUCUUUGGUUUUUAUCGCAGGACUUUUCUCCCCUGUCAGAAUAUUUCACUAAAUUAUUUCAUUUUGUAACUUUGUAUGAUGUUAAAGAAUUUGAAGAAUCAGAUUUUAAUUGAUUUUAGACACGUAAUUUAUUUAUUCAUUUAUUUAGAGACAAUAAGUUCUUAAAAUAUAAUCUUAAAAAAUAAGUAUUUCAUAUUUUUUUCACAAAAAUUAUAACAAUAGCAAAUGUACUUUAGAUAAAAGAAAAUCCUGUUUCAAAAUUUCAAACUCCUAUGACUGUUAAACAAGCAUUAUAUUUAUUGGAUAGCCUUAGUGUGCAUUUUCUGUGCAAAUACAUUUACUAUAGUUAGUGAUAUACCAUAUUGUUAAGAGUGCUUUGUAGUCUACCAAAUUUUGUAUUUUUUACAAAUGAAAUUUAUAUUUUUGGCUAAUUGAAUUUUUUUUAAUAAAUAAUGAAAAAAUA